AUAAAAGAACAUCCCUCUUUCCGUCUAUUUAAUUUUGAAGCUAUUGGUUGUAACGUCAGUUUUUGGGAGUUGGGUUUGUUGUACAGUCUCUCUCCUCUCUUCUUUUCUCUCUCUCCUCGCUUGCUCAAAUGGCCGGCCUGAGAUGGAGAGAGUGGUGGAACACGAUGGCGUUCCCUACCCGGCGAAUCUGGAAUCGUUUUACCGUUCGCGUCGGAUUACGCCACAGUGGACUCUUGAGGUUACAAAACGACGUGAGUUCUUGCGAGUACGAAGACAUACACAUCAUGUGGAAUCUGUUACACAAGAUUGAAGAUCCGACACCAACACCAACACGUGUUGCACGAAUCAAACAAAGGAAGAAAGCUUGUUGGAAUCUCUUCGGUUCAUAUCUUUGCCAAAGAUUCUGAUUAUACAAUAUAUAUAACCUAAAAACUUUCCAAAACCAUACUUGUAAUUUGUGAGAGCCUUGACGGGUCCCCUGCAAGUUGGUGAGGUUAUCGACAAAUUUCGCAAAAGAAUAAACUCCGAGGUUGUACAGUUUUAGCUGUUAUAUUUACAUGGCAUGCCUCUCUGUAAGUUAUCUAAAUAUCUAUGAGUAUCAUCAUCACAUGAGUGUUGUUGUAUGUAUGAUAGAAAUGCUUCUCAUAGUCUAAUAUUACUAUGUUCAUCAAUAAGUUUUUUUUUUCUU